CCGAACCGGGAGUGGUGGGACCGAACCGGGACUGCCUGGACCAAACUGUGGCCGGUGAGACCGAACUGGGACUGAACCGUGCCCGCUGGGACAUAAUCGGUACCGAACGGUGCCCGGCGGUACCGAACGGUGCCCGGUGGGACGUAACCGGUACCGUGCCCGGUACCGUCGGGCCCCUCGGGCCCGCAUGGAGCCCGACGCGCUCGUGCAGUGCCCGUACGACCGGAGCCACCAGGUGCGCGUGUCCCGCCUGCCCUAUCACCUGGUGCGCUGCCAGCAGAACAACCCGCAGGUGUCGCGCACCUUGGCCACGUGUCCCUUCAACGCGCGCCACCGCGUCCCGCGCGCGCUCCUGCGCGCCCACGUCACCUCGUGCCCCGACAAACUGCCACUCGAGCUGCCCCCAGAACCUGAGGACAUGACCAAGACAGCGCACACCUGGCAGCCCCCCCCGUGCCAGGAGGACUGGGACGCAGAGCUGAGCGAGCAGGAGCUGGAGGAGCCCCCCCCGUUCAUCCUCCAGGUCACCAAGGGGGACCUGCCCGUCCCCUGCCACAGGACACCCGAAGUGACUCCCCCCGACCCCGCCGCCCCGCCGGAGGGGCUGACGCUGAGGAAGCCCCGGCCAGCGACAGCGGGACCGCGGUGUCCCUCGGGCGUCCUUCAGGUGUCCCCAUCCCUGCUGUCCCCAUGGCCCCGGGCUGUCCCGGUGUCCUUGGUGUGUCCCGCUGUCCCCGGGCUGUCCCCGUCCCUUCUGUCCCCGCUCCCCCCGGGCUCCCCGGGGCCGCCGCCGGUGCCGGUGCCGGUGCCGGUGCCCGGCGGGGCUCAGGCUCCUCCCCGGUGA